AUGGGUCUCUCCAACCAUCUUCACGACGUCUCCGGCGAUUCCCUCCCGCUGCUCCUCCUCGCCGCUGCGGCAGCAUCCAUCGCCUACCUCCGAUCCUUACUCCUCCGCCUCCUCCCCCUCUCAUCCUCCCCCGUAGACGCCGAGCACGACAUCGAGCCGUCCAUCGGAUCCGGCCUCGCCGGCCUCGUCGUCCUCGCCGAUCACCUCGCCUCCAACCGGCCCUUCUCCUUCCUCUACUGUCCGUCGGAGGGGGGGGACCGGCGGCCGGAGUGCGCGGUGUGCCUGUGCAGCCUGGCGGACGGCGACCGCGUCCGGCGGCUACCCUGCCGCCACGUGUUCCACGGCGAGUGCCUCGACGGCUGGCUCCGCCAGCUGAAUCUCUCCUGCCCUCUGUGCCGCUCCCAGCUGGCCGCACCCGAGCUGCGCGCCGUCGUCGACCGCCGGAUCGGGGCGAAGCUCGUCUCUUGGCUGUCCCACUACUGA